AUGGCUUUUGAAUCACAAUUUAUUACUGUAACUGCUAAUUCUGUUAUUAAAGUAUCAUUUUGGAUUUAUUUGGUCAACUGGGUAUUAGCUUUAGUACUUGGGCUAGCUUUUGUCUUUUAUUUUCACAGAUUAUUAGGGUUUAUAUUUUCAUUAAUAUUCAAAUUAGUAUUAUGGAAAGCAUUUAAAAUUAGAGUUAAUGUUGAAUCAUUAAAGGUUUCUCCAUUAGGUGGUCGACUAUUUAUAAAGAAUUUAACCAUUAUUACAUCAGAUUAUACAGUUAGUAUUUUGAACUCAACAUUUACCUGGAGAUAUUGGCUUUAUAGAUUAACUAGAUUAUCAAAUUAUUUUUAUGAAACUAAUGAUUUAGAAGAUUUAACUGAUGGGAAAUUAGGUGGUAUGAAUCAAAAACAAAAUGAAAAACAACCUUCAAGAUUUUUAUUAGUAGUUGAAGGUUUUGAAGUUUUUAUGCAUAAUAGAACUUUUGCUUAUGAUCAUAUAAUGGAUAUAUUAAAUGAGAAGGAGAAGGAUACGGAUCCUGAUUCCUCUUCAUUUUCAGAAGAUUCAAAAUAUAAUCUACGGUAUAGAAAACAUGCUACUUCAUCUUCAAUAUCAUCUGAAGAUUCAGUUGAUAUUGCACCAGGUACAAAAUCAUUGUACUUUUUAUUACAACUACUACCAAUCUAUGUCAAAAUUAAAAAAGGUGCAUUUGUAAUGGGGAAUAUAACAACUCCAUCCAUUCUAGUUGCCUCUUAUAAAAAUGCAGAUGCUACAAUAGAUAUCGCAAAAUCUUUAAACAAAUUUGAUUUCUACCGUUUCCUAUAUGAUUUUGCAUUUGAUAAUUUUCAAUUAUGGAUGAAACCAAAUAUAAUAUAUGAUAAUAGAACAACCUCCGAAAAAGAAGAACAAAAUUUUAGACACAUCAAAAAGUACAAAUUAUAUUAUCAAUAUAAAAGUGCAGUUAAUUUGUUGGAUCGAACAGUUUCCAAAAUACUACGAAGAAAAUCAUCAUUUAAUCAACCUGAACAAUCUGAUUUUGAAUGGAAAGGACUAAGGAGAUAUAUAGGUGAUAAUUCAGAUGAUGCUGAAUUAAUGGCCAUGUUUAAUAAUGAUGAACAAUAUGCAAAAUAUAGUUUAAUUUUAGAUUCAGUAACUACUAGAAUUAUAUAUUAUUAUGAUGCACCAGGUAUACAACCAAUAAAAUCAGAAUUAGAAUCACAAAUACCUCCUGAACAUGGAGUUGAAAUGGAAAUUUCAAUGGGUACAAUACACUAUGGUCCUUGGGCAGAUAGACAAAGAGUUCCAUUACAAAAUAUGUUCUUCCCACCAAUUGCAAAAGACUCAAAACCAGCAACUAAUUUAACUCCUGGUUCGCAAAGAGAAUAUGAUGGAUUUAAAAUAACAAUGAUUGUUAAAGAUGAAGUUAUAAUAAGGAUACCCACUAGAGAAUCAAGUAAAGAUAAACAAUUGCUAAAAUCAGAUUUAGGUCAAGCUAAACCUUCAAGAGCAUUUGGUUGGUUAGAAAUUAAAUUAUCUGAAGGUUCAAAUAUUAGUUCAUUCACAUCAUACAUUGCAAAUUCAACAGGUUUCCCCAAUAAAUUAAAAGUUCAAUUUAAUGAACCAGAAGUUAGAUCUUCUGUAAAUCACGAUGUUUUAUUUCUAGCUGAUCAACAUCAAAUUGAUGCAGAUAUAGGAUUUCCAUUGAAAUGGAACGGUAAAUGUGAUUGGAAAUUUGAUCAAGUUAGUAUAAAUUCAAAACUUUUUUUACUACGAGAACAUACAUUAUUAUUUUCAGAUUUAUUUACUGAUUUUGCAUCUGGAGAACCUCAAAAAUAUGAAUAUUUUAGACCAUUUCUAUAUCAAAUUAAUUGGAAAUUAAUCAAUUAUAAGUUUUUUCUCAAUGUCAAUGAUUUUAAUAUUAUCAAUAAUCCAUUAGAUUUUGAAAAUAAUAAAUACUUAUCAUUUCAAGGUAGGGAAAUUGAUUGUAAUAUAAAAAUACCACUUUAUGGAGACUUUGCAAAGACAACCACCGUAACAUUUGAUAUAAUCACACCAUGGUUUGAUUUAAUUCUUGAUACACCUCCAUGGCAUACUGCAAAUGCUUUCCUUCAAGAAUCAAAAGUAGUUGGGAAAAGUUCAUUGUUUAAAAUUAAUGGAUCAUAUACAUUUUAUAAUUCAGUUGAAGUCAAUACUUCCAAUUUUAUUGAAAUUAGAUGCAUUGGAGAUGAAGUAAGUCUUAAAUUUUAUGGUUUUGUUAUUCGUUAUUUAUUCACCCUUCGUGAAAAUUAUUUUGGUGAUCAUACACAUUUUCAAACAUUUGAAGAAUAUACAAAUAAUAAUGAUGUUGAUAGUUUAAGUACUGAUACUUCACAAGAACAAAAUUAUUGGAAAAUGAUCAAGACUGAAAAUGAUGAAGAUAUAUUAUUUACAUUCAAAAUUAGAUCUGGAUUGAUUAUUCUACCUUAUCAUUUAUACAGUUGUCAAAAACACAUUGGUUUAAAUUUUGAUAUUUUAGACAUUGAUAUGAGAUUCUGUAAUUAUUAUAUGGAUAUGCAAGUUGAUUUUAGUCCAAUUUCUGGAGUACUUGUUGAAAAUUAUUCAAAUGGGUUGUCUGUUUCUGAAUAUGUUAAAUCUUAUGUUGGUGUUCCAGACAUGUUGGUCGAUGGUUUCAGUGCUCAUUCUCAUAGAAUGUUUGGUAUCCCACCUAGUGAAUUAACAUUUUGGUGUAAUUGGUCAUUUUAUUGUGGUGAUUGGAUUAUAGAUUCAAAUCCAAAAUUUAUGAAGGGUAUAGUUUCAGGGAUAAAUAAUUUUGGUAUUGGAUUUUCAGAUCAGGAGAAUGCAUUAGAUGUUGCAUUUCCUCCAAGUUUCGAUGCUGCUAAUUUUUCAUUCCAAUGUAGUAAAUUUUUAAUCAACUUAAGACCUACACCAAGUACAAAUAUUGAAAUUAUAUUAUCUGAUUUAGUAGUAGGAUUUAAUGAUAUGCCAAAUUUAAGAUUCUCAAAUAAGGUUAGUAUAAGUAUACCUGAGAUAUCAGUUAAAGUGAUUGAAGAUGAUAAAAUUCUGGCAUUUUUAACAACAUCCCUAAUCUUUUCAAAUAUUUGUCAGAAAAAGGGUAUGGUUGAAAGAAGAGAGAAAAUGGAAUUGCACGUACGUGAUAGUGACGCACCUUUUCAUAGAGCUCCAUUUGUUAUGUUGGAUGAAUAUCGAGAUGAUUUUUAUAAUAAUAUGAGAGGUUGUUUUUUAACUAGUUUAACAUUACCUGAAGUUCCAUAUCCCUUAAAUGAAUAUACAGCAAGAAUGAUUAAGAGAUUAGAUUUAGAAUCAGAUGGAAGUUCAUAUGAUAAUGAUACUACAUUUAUGGCACCUACUUGUGAAUAUGAUGAUGAUGAUUUUACACCAAAUUAUGAUGUUGAAUCAGAUACUGAAUAUGAUAGUUUUAUAAUUGAAUUAGGUGAUGUUAAUUCAUAUAUAUCUCCAAGUGCAUUAAACGUGAUUAGUCAAGUUUGUGAAUUAAUGGAAGAUAAUUCAGUUGAGACAUUAAUGGAUGAAAUAGAUGUACAUGUAGUUAAAUUAUUAAAUGGAUUAUUAAGAACUGCAAAAUCUGUGAAAAAUUUCAGACUAGUUAAUAGAAAUUUACAAGUUAAAAUUGGUGAGUAUUUAUUAUCGAAUAUUGAUGAAUUGACAGAAUUAAGUAAAACAAAUCCACAUAUUACAUUACAAGCAUCAGAUAUUUCAAUUGCAAUGAGUGAAUCAUCUCAUGAAUAUACUUCCAAUGGUGAAUUAAUUACAGAUAUUGAAUUAUCAAUGGCUUUACAUAUUAAAGAUGUUGUAUUUAGUAUUUCUCAGCCGUUGACAUUUUACUCAGCUGCUGUUUUAGAUUUACAAGAUAUAGAAUUUUGGUUUGAAAAAAUAGAUAAUUCAAUAGUUGGUAGUGGAAAUGAUGGUAAUAUAUCUUUAAAUAUUGAUGAUAAUCAAGUUGAAUGGUUAAUAAAGUAUAUUUCAACAAUUACAGAGAGCUUCAUUUCAGAAUCUACUUGUUUUCAAUCAUUGGCUCAAAAGAAUUCAUCCCAUGCUAAUUUAGUAUAUGCUUUAUCUAAGGCUAGUAGAGAUUAUUAUAUUGAUCAUGAUCCAGAUGUAUUAACUAGACCCGCAUAUAUCCUUCGAACAAAAAAAGAACAUAUUAGAUUUUUCGAUAAUUGGAAAAUAGUAGCUAGGUUAAGACAUAUUUUACAAACUGUGCCUCCUGAAUGGUGUGAUAAAACUAGUGAUUUAUUACAAAAUAAGAAAUUCAAAUUACCUUCAGAUGCUUAUUCCAAAGUUGUUGAAGAAUUUGCUAAUUGGAGAGCAUGGGAGGCAAAUCAUUCACAAAGAAUUCAAAUGCUAAAAGCUAUAUUUCUGAUAAAUUCAAAUGAUGAAGAUCUUGAAUGUCAUUUUCAGGUUUAUAUUAAUGAAAUUUUGAUUAAAUUGGCAUCUCAACAUCAGACUGAUUUUAUAAGUUUACUGAAAUUAUCAACUAGUAUAAAUCAAGGGAAAUUGAUUGAAGAACCAAUAAAGACUACUACUUUAGUGUUUAAUUUGGAAGAUUAUGAAAGUAAGAUCGGUACAAAAGCAUUUGAUAAUUUAAAACAUAUUAUAAAACUAAAAAAUGAAGAAGAACCAAUACUAAGAAAAGAGCAAGUUAAGGAGGAUUCUGAUCAAAAUUAUCAUUUCACAAUUAAUAUAAAUUCCUUCAUUCAACAAAUUUACUUUCCUACUUCUACUUGGGAAUUAAAAUCAAAUUCAUUAUUAUCUACAACUACUUUAAAUCUGCUGGAUCUGAUUUCAUCUGCAUUAAAUUGUGGUACUUUAGAAUUUAACACCUGGUUUUCAUCACAACAUGUAUUUUCAAAAUCAAUCGAAAAUGCAAAAUUCAUAAUAGGUAAAACAGAAAUCAAUGAGGCUCUAAAAUUAGAUUUAGAGAUUAAGAAAAUCGAUGUUCAAUUAUUAGAUAAAUCAAAGAAUUUUCCAUCCAUUUUACAAACUGUGAUUAAUACAGAUAUACCAUACAUUGAAAACACAUUUAAAUUUGAAAAAAGUAAAACGGAAAGUACUCUGUUGAAUUUGAAUCUUGUUUCUUGUUCAGUUAAAUUACGUGAAGUCACUUGGAACAUUGAAAUUUUGUCACCUUUCAUUAUUGCUGGUUCUUUAGUAGGUGCAAGUACUUCAAUAACAAAAGUUGAUGAUUCUAUUUCAUUUGAUUUAUCAUUAUUGAGAAUGAGGUGUAAUUUAGAUUUCAAUCGUCAUAAUAUUAUAGAAUUUCAAAGUUCAGAAUUUAAAAAUUUUGGAGAAGUUGAUUUUUCAAUUGAUGGUUUAUUAAUGUUGAUUAUUGAUUCUUCAAUUGGUUAUGUUAAAUUAUUAGCACCAAAUUUAAUUUAUGCAAUUGGUGUAGCUGAUAGGAAUAUACCUAAAUUACAAAAAAGAUUUGAUUCAAUUGUGAAUUUAAUUAGUAAAAAAACUACCAAGAAAAGUGAAACUAUUGAAAAUAGAAAAGAUGUAAUUUGUAAAAUCAACUUUUUGAAUAAUAAUGCUGAAGUAUCUACAUUUGUACACAAGACUAAAGUUUCACUAAAUAUUGAAUCUACAUCAUUUGGAGUUCAUAACGUAUCCAAUAAUUUACAAGUACCUGUUUAUGGAGAUUUUCAUGUUCCAGUUGUUAGAUUUUCAAUAUUAGAAAGAACAAUACCAAUUGGAUUGUCCAAUUUAGUAGAAACGAAUUUUUCAGUUAAAUUAUUAAAUGAUUUAGAAUCAUCUGAUACUCGACAAUCAUUACAAUUUGAAUCACAAUUUUGUAGAAUUUGUUUAUCUGAACAAGCAAUAUUCAAGAUAAUUAAACUAAUAGAUGAUAUUCAGAAAGGAAUUCCAAAAAAAACAACCGCAGAAGUUAAACAGAAAGAUAAUAUAGAUAAAAAUUUUGAAAAAAUGGUCUACUCCAAAAUAUCAUCAUUUCAAUUCUUAUCUUACAAUUUUUGUCUUGGUUGGAUAUUCAAUGAUGAAUCAAAAGAUUAUCCUGGUAUUAUAAUUGGAGCUGAACGUUUCUUUGCUGCAACUGAAGAAUCACUAGGUAAAUUUACAUUAAUGGAGGCAUAUUUAUCAGUUGCUAAUGGUUCAAGAUCUUCAAACUUUUACAGUACCCUGUCUGAAAAGAAUAAUUUAAACAGAGCAUUUUUACCUAAUUUACAAUUAUCAUAUUUAAUCGAAAAGAAAGCAAAAAGACACAUGAGAAUUUCAAUGCAUGGAGAUGAAAUAGAUAUAAAAUUUUUAUCAACUUCUGUUGCUUCAGUAAUUGCAAAAUCAACAAAACUGGCUUCAAAUUUACAAUUAUUUUUGGAACGAAGAGCAACUAGUAAAAAUUAUUAUAUUGAAGAUACCAAACCAGAACCAAAAUCUGAGAAAAUAUCAUUAAUUCAUAAUUCAUUUGAAGUUAUUGAAUUUAUUUCGACAUUUGCAGGGUCGAAUGUAUUAAUUUAUAGAUUAGAGGAUGAUUCAGAUUAUCCUCCAAGUUUAUACUUACAUGCACCAGCUAUGAAAACUGCAUUUAAAUAUAUUAAUGUGGAUGGAAUGAAGAGAAAAUUAAUUGGUGAAUUAUUAACUACUUCAAGUGAUAAUAUUUUAUAUCCAAAAUGUGUGCCAGUAAUUUUGGAUGUUAUUCAAAGUAUGAAAGGAUUAAUGAGGAAGAAAAAAUCAGAUAAUAAAGAAUUAAUAAUGGAAGAACCUACAAAGAACUCAGACUUCUUUAAGAAUCUAAUCGAAGAUAUGGAUGUUCAUAUUGGUGUUAGAAUUGAAAGUCAAAAAUUAUCAUUAAGUUGUGAACCAACUGCUAAAGUAGCUGCUAUUGUUGGAUUAGAAGGUAUAUUUAUACAAGUAAACACAAAUGAAUCAAAGAUACCAACUGUAACAAUUUCAUUAUUAUUUGACCUAGUUCAAGCUUCAUUACAACAUAUUUACUCAAGAGAUAUAAGUGCCAGUGCUAGUAUUUCAAGUGUUUUAUUAUCUAGCGUUUUUGAAUUGGGUGAAGUUGCACAAGUUUAUUCAACAGGUUCAAUUACUGACGUUGAUGGAUUUAUAAAUGUUAAACAAUAUCAAGAUGUUGAUUUAUUUAAAGAUAUUUGGUUCCCCAAAGAUAUUUUUGAUUAUUCAGAUGACUCAGAAUCCGAAUCCGAAAAUGAAGAUACAUUUGCAAAUUUAAAAUUGGCAAGAAAUAAAAAUAUAAGUUCAAGAUUUAAAGAAGUUUCUUCAACUUAUGCGUUUCCAUGGGUUGUUACAUUUAUAGUAAGUAAUGUUAAAUUAGGAGUUCAUUUCGGUCAAUCGUUAGGAAAUUUUACUUUAGUUGUUGAUGAUUUUUGGGCAGUUUCAAAGAAAUCACCCGAUUGGUCACAAGAUUUAAAAAUUGGAUUUAAUUCAAUUAAAUUAACAAGUGAAGGUAGAUUAGGUGGUAGUUUAAUAAUUCAUAAUAUUAAUUUACAUACUGCUAUAAGUUGGAAAUUAGCAAGUGGUAUCACAUUAGAUGUUCCAUUAAUUUUAGUAAGUGGUGGUAUUGAAAAAUUACAUUUAAAAAUGUCAUUUGAUUAUCAUGUUAUAGCAAUUGCAAAUAUUGAAUCAUUUUCAAUUGAUGUAUAUAAUAAGAAAAGUGAGGUAUCCAUAGCUAAAGAUCAUUUAAUUGUAUGUGUAAGAUUCAAAACUUGUGAAGUUUAUAUGACUUCAUUAACAGCAUCAAAUUUUUUAGAUAUUCAAAAUACAAUAACAAGAAUGAUUUUAGAAAAUAAACGAUCAUAUAAAGAAACUUUAAAAGAUUCUAGUAGGGGAAAAUCAAUAAGUACAAAGAAACCAAUUAGAAGUCAACCGGAUUAUGCAAUAUUAGAAACUCUUAAAAAAUUGGAAACUAAAAUUCAUGUUGAAGCUGGGAAAGUAUUAAUCCAUAUCUAUCCUUCUUCAAUUGAUAAUUCAAAAGUUUUAGUGAUUAAAUUGGAUGAAUCAAGGGCAAAUUUCCUUCAAAAUGAGUAUUCUAAUGGUAUUUCGAAUCAAAUUGAUUUAAAAUUUAAUGAUUUAAAAGUUUCUUUAUCAAAUGUACAACUGCCAAUAACUGAAGAAUUUUUGAAUAAUCGUACAGUUGAAGAAUUUGUUGAAAAAGCAUGUAAAACACACGGUGGGACAAUUUUCAUAUUUCCAUCUUUUAAAAUUUCAAUGAGGACAUUCCAAAAGGUAAAUUCAAAUCAAAUUGAUUAUUUAUUUCAAUCGUCAUUUGAUGGAAAAGUUGAUAUAAGAUGGAAUUUAGGUUCUGUUAAUUUUAUUAGAGAAAUGUAUUCGAUCCAUUCAAAGGCAUUAGCUUCAAGAAUGGAAUAUAAACGAAAAAUGGAACCUUUUGAAGAAAAUAUAAAAACAAGUAAUAUUUUAAAACAACAAUUGGAUGGACAAGAUCCUACCAAAGAAAUAGAUGAUGCAUUAAAAGAAACUAUUGAAAAAGUGGAAUCAAGUUCAAAAUUUAUUUAUUCUCCAAUUGCUCAACCUAUUAUUGAAGCUCCACAAUUGAAAGAAUUAGGUAAUGCUACUCCUCCAUUAGAAUGGUUUGGAUUACAUAGAGAUAAAUUUCCAAAUGUAACUCAUCAAUUAGCAAUAGUAAGUUUACAAAAAUUGAUACAUGAAAUCGAAUUACAAUAUUCGAAAAUGUUAGGUAAAGCAUGA